UUUAUCCCGAUCAUCUGAGUGUACCAUUUGUUUGGAACUGCGUCAAAAAUUUUUACCCAAGAAAUAGCAAGUAUUAAUUCAUUGCUCGAUAGUAGUAUUAUAAAUCAUUUGGCGCAAUUUUUGCAGAUAUUUCACAUAUUUAAAUGGUGCUAAGGUGUUAGGUAGUUUUGGUGGAUGUUGGGAGUGGACAUCCACCUCGCGGAUUUCCGAGAAUCUUCGGUUAUGAUUUGCAAGCUAUUAAAUAUUCCAUCUUAGUCGCUCUCGACCGAGGUGGUUUUGGCGGAUCUAAUGCUGGCCGAUGCCGACCGAUGUUGGCAACUGGUAAUCCGCUGUUGUACAGAAGUCUCAGAUGUCACGCCUCUAUUGUGAUUUCGCUGUUUCAGACGUAAUUACGUCCACAAAUGAACAUUUUUGGGGAUCGACAACUUGUUAGAAGGUCUGGGGUACUUAUUCACGCUGAAGAAGCCCUCCAGAGUAAAGUGGUUGCAUUGUAUUUCUCGGCGGGAUGGUGUCCCCCUUGCAAUCAGUUUACGCCAGUUUUGGCGGAAUUUUACAACGAGCUUAAAGAGAACGAACUACCCUUCGAGAUUGUUUUUGUUUCAUCCGAUAAAACGGCAUCAGAUAUGGAGACAUACAUGAAAAAAUGUCAUGGUGACUGGUUAGCUGUUCCAUUUGGAAGCGAAAUGAUUCAAGAGCUGAAGAAUCGUUACCAUGUCACAGCGAUUCCUAAGUUGAUUGUCGUGACAGAUGACGGAGAUGUCGUGACAACGAUGGGAAGGAAAGAGGUAACUGAAAACGGACCCAAGUGUUUCACUCACUGGGCACACGCUAUCGCCAUAGCAAGAGGAGAAGUUGCUACAACUGUGACUAAAGCGAGUGGUCGCUUUACUGCCGGCUUUGAAUAAAUUGAAAAAAAAAAUAUUCAGUCAUAUAAAGAACCUUUUGAUAUGCUGUGUAAGACUCGUACAAUGGGCUACAUGGACUCAGGUCGUUUUUACUCGGACAUAAACCGAUGCAGGCAAUUCAUAUUCAAUUAGUGUGAUCAUAAAGUAGCAGCUUACAUAAUAUCAUUUAACUGAUUAAAGUCUCACCACUGUCAAAUUUAUAAACUCAAUACUUAUUUAUAAACUCGUAUGCAGAUCCUUCCGUGUAUGGCGGUGAAAGGUCUGGCUGUAGACUAACUUGUAUAUCUGUAUCAUAAUAAAGAUUUCUCUUCUACAAUA